AUAGAUACAAACUUGAAAAAAGACUUAAGAAAAAUAGUAGGAAAGAAAAAUCAAAGGAGAAGAGGAAAUGGAAUUCGAGUUUGUCGUUUGGGAUCUCCAUUUGUGUUUCGAUUUUGACGUAAAAGCUUCUCUUUUGAUUUAGUUUGUCAUACAGGAUAUUAUCAAGCGCCCUACAGGUACAGGUGUAUCGAAGUAGAUAUUUUUAAGACAUCUUAUUUGGUUAGGACAUUGAUUAGAUCUUAUAUAUGCAUGAAUUGGUGAGAUACUCAAAUAAAGUUGUGUUGCCAGUGCCACUUCAGUUCCAAUCGUGAUAUUUGAUGUGGUCGAACUCGAUUGCAGUACAUUUUUAAUUUGAUUAUGUAUUGCUAAAGGUGCUUCUCAUUUUAGUGACACGGUGAGUUCUUGGCUUAAAAUAAAUCUUGAACUAAGAAAGGGUCCACUGAUAUUAGUUCUUGAUACAAUAUGAGAAUAAAAAGACAGCGUUAUAUUGGCAUGAUGAUUACUUAAUAUCACAUCUUUCUUCAAGAGACAUGUUGAAAUUAACUUAUUCAUUCAUAAAUUAAAUCAAGUGCACGACUUUAAAGCGUUUUUGACAUGGUAGAUGACAGCAAUGCCUCGCGUUUUUGACAUGGUAGAUGACAGCAAUGCCUCUUUAGCUGCAAGCCAAACAAAGCAAGCUACUGUACAUGAAAGAAGGAAAGACUUCUUCUAUACUAAAAAAUUGACCAUGUCGUACAAAAAGACUAGUGUCUAAGUUUAAUGAACCUAAAUACGAUACACUUCCUGGACAAUUCAGCACCAUAUUCAAGGACCAAUCUUUAGCCAAGAAUUCGAUUCACUUGAGAAGAACAAUGACCAGACUUGUACGUCAGCAAGCUCAGUAAGUAUUUAGGGAAUAAUUGGCAAAGAAGGCACCUUUCAAAACUAAUCUACCGAAUGACCACUUAAUUUUUUUUUUGAUUUAUUUUUUAGGUUCAGGGUGUAAAAAGUGGGAAAAAAUAGAAAAAGUGGGGUCCACACGUGGGCCAAGGGACCAAUUCAUCAUUUUUACAACUUCACAACUUUAAUAUAUUACACCUAACACCCUCCACUUAUUCCAAUAUAAGAAAAAACCCUCUCUCUCCUCUUCAAUUCCCAACUUCCGCUUUUGAAACUUGUUCUCCCAAAAACGCCAUUUUCGUUUCGUCUUCUUCUCCAGCUGCUAAGGGGUCGUUGUUGCUUCACAAGGUGUAGAUUAUAUUAAAAAUGGGUAAAAAAAAAUCAUUCCUAAACUCAAAGCCGGUACCGCUUCUGAUUCUGCUGGUAGCAGUAGAAAAAGAAAAGUUGAGGCAGUUGAAAAUAUGUCAAAAAGAAAGAAAAUUGAAGAGUCGGUGUCCGAAUCAGAUUCGGAGUUAAAGGAGAUAAGCGACUACGUCGAGUCUAGUGAAGAUGUUUCCAGGUGGAGUGUUAGUGUUGACAGUGAAGAGAGCGAGGGAAGUGAGAGAAAUAGUGAUGAUGGGGAUAAUGAUCCCUUGUCCGUGCCAUAUCUUUCAAGGUGCAUUUUCGUAGAGCGGUAUGACCUUUGAACGAUAAUUGAUGAGGUCGAAUCUUUCCCGGCAAAUAUAUCAGUCAGAUCAAGAAUGGUGCUUAUCGAGAAUUUAAGCAAGUUUUUGUUGACCAAGAAUUGAAGAAAAGAUUCAAGCGGUCCUGUUUCGGACACCUGAGAAAUCUGCCGGAACAUCUCAAGUUCAAUGGGCAGUUGGUCCAUUAUUUACUGUUGCAACGCAUCAACAACGAUAAAAUGCGUCAUGGGAUGUGGUUCUGCAUUAACAACAAGCCUCCUAUUUUGGCUUGAAAGAGUUUUGUUUGAUCACGGGGCUGAAUUGCUCACCAUACCCAGUGAAUAAAAAAUGAAGAAGGUGUUAGCAAAGGGGGACAAUUUUUGUUUUAAGGUGACGAAAAAUAAAAACAUCACAAUGGUCAACUUGUUACACUUGAUCAGAGGAAAUAAGCUGAACGAGGACCAGAAGUUCAAGUGCUGUCUACUGUGGUUCUUGCACACCAUGUUGCUUGCAAAAGAUUCGACGAAGGUUUUCGAGACAAAACUGAUUAGAAUGGUUGAUUUUUUGAGUUUCUUCGAGAAAUAUCUGUGGGGAAAAGAUACAUUUCAACUGAUCAUGGACUAUCUGAAGAAGAAAAGUGACCUGAAGAAGAAGAAGAAAGUAUUUGAUGAGAAGCAGAAGGCAUCCUAUGCUCUAUUCGUAUUUCCCUGGGCAUUCAUGAUUGGAUCUAUGAGGUCUUUCCUUAUCUUGAAGAAUUUGCUGGAAAAUCAAUGGAUGAGCCCUUUCUCAUUCCCCGCAUCCUCAGAUGUCACACCAUGACAAGAUAAUUGAAGGCGAUCCAUUCAAGUAUAAAGUAAAAGUUAUCGAGAAUGUGCAACCAUACUUAAUCCCUACUGUUUGUGAGACGAAGAUAGAUUACAUGAUUACGUUUGAUCCAUAUACAGACGAGGUUGAGAAUAACGUCCUCGAUGGCUUGAAGAAAGAGUUAGAAGGGGUAACUAUCCUUACUUCAAAUGAGGACAUUGAUGAUGAUGGGGAUUUGGGUGGUAACCCCAUUGAAGUACGCGUUGGUAAUGAUGAUUCUUUGAGUACCUCCAAAGAUGCAGUGGGAACCUCAUCCCCCGGGGAUCUUCAUAAGCGUGUUGAUGCGCUUGAGGAAGCGGUGUUGGAUAUUGCUACCUAUAUCAGAGAGAAAAGAAUAAAUAAAAAGGAAAAGAAUGAGCGACAAUACGAGCGAGUGCAUGUGGACCUUCGUGAAUCAGAGAGAAAUGAAGAAGGAGAAAAAAAGAGCAAAAUAAAUGAGUUGGCCUCUGUUGUGGCAGAAAAGGAAAAAGAAAAAGAAAAGAAGGAUGGAGAAGAAGAAAUGGAAGAAUAUAAGAGCUAAGAAGAAGAUUGAAAAGUAGCAGCUGCAAAAGCAGAAGAAGAAGUGGCAGCAGAUGAACAAGAAGGAGAGAAAAAAGACAAAGCUAAUAAAGAAGAAACUGACAAAGCUGACAAAGAUGAAGUUGAGAAAGAAGUAGUAGGUGAACGAAAAGAAGAAUCUGAGGAAGAAACAACUAUUUCAGGUGAAGAAAGAGAAGAAGAUGUGGAAGAAAAGGAAACUAAAGAAGCACCAACUACUGUAGAUGCUGAAAAAGAAGGAGAAGAAAGUGAGAAUGAAGAAGCAACUACAACUGUUGAGAAAAAAAAGAGCUGAAGUUGACCAAAAAGAUGUGGUCAUGGACAUUGUUGAUGAAAUCAACUGUAACACUUGUGUUGAUGAGGAACUUAGGAAAAAAUACAUUUGAAUCCUAAGCCGUUUAAUGUGUUGUUGAAUGACGAGUUGUUAGGAUAUGACAAUUUUUUUUAUUUCACAAAUAUGAAGGUUGAUGUAAUACCCCGUGUAUUUCUAAGCUAGAAAAUGAACCAUUGUUCCUACGUAUGAAACCUCCUAUCCCGUGAUUCAUGUUUGAGUACAUAAAUUUCAAUGAGUAUCCUAGUGAUAAUAGAGAUUAUGAUG